AUGUUGAGUAAUAUUGAUCUACCAGACACAGGUAAUCGUAAUACUGAAGGAAAAAAUUUGACAUCAAUUUUUUCUCCCACCGGAAAUUAUCUAUCUCCAGCUUCAUUAGACGGCAGAACUCCAUCUAUUACCGGUGGAAAUUCUAUCUCAUCUAUUGGGAAUAAUAAUAAUAGCAACACCAACAACAACAACAAUAACGGCAGUAAUAGUACUUUCACUAAUAAUACUGACAAGAAUAGAAAUUUUCGAAACCAAAAUCCUAUCAAUUUACCAUCCCCACUAUCAUUUUUAAACGGUAGUUUGAAUCAACUAGGUUUACAUAAAAAUAUGACAACUACUUCACCAUCGGGAAUUCUUUUAAAUUCUUCCACUACAUCUACUCCAACUAGCAAUGCCGAAAGUACUACAUCUCAAGAAUUAAAUAAAAUUAAGGAAGAUUCUUCAUUAAAACCUAAUACUUCAGUUUCUUCGACUGUAAAAGAUCAAAAGGGUCAUGUCGUGAAACGGAAGUAUUCUAGAAAUGGUUGCACAGAAUGUAAAAGAAGAAGAAUGAAAUGUGAUGAAACUAAACCAACAUGUUGGCAAUGUGCAAGAUUAAACAGAACCUGUGUAUAUGUCUUGAAUCCAAGAAAUAAGAAACGGAAAAAUCAAAAUUCAACUGGAACUGAAUCACACCCUGAGAGUUCUGGACAGUCACCAGAAGAUAUAUUAAUGUCUCAACAAGAUCAAUCCCAAGUUUUGAAUUCUUCAGGUAGCGUAUCAUCUUUAACGCAGAAUAUACCAGUGGAUCCUCAACCCAAUUCUUUAAAUGUUAGCCAGGGUAAUUCUAUCCCUGAUGUAACCAGCGAAGUUGCCAACUCAAUACCAAUAGCUGGAGUGGAUGGUAUUGAUACCAACUUAUUAAUGCAAAAUUUAAACGAUAUUGUUAACAUGAAGUUGAAUGAUGCAGCUAUGAUAAAUGAGAAUAUUAAAGACUUAGAUUUCCCAGAAUUAGAUAUUCCUGAAUUAUUAAUGCCUUCUUCAAAUCAUCAUAGUUCUGUACCAAUAUCGUUCUUGAUGAACAAUGUUAUUCAGUUUAAUAUUAAAAUUACCUCCUUCAAAUUAGGCGGUAUGCAUGAUGAAUAUCUAAGAAUAUUCUAUAACGAUUGUUUGGAUUCGAUUGCUCCAUUUUUCCAGAACCAAGGUAACCCAUUGAGAGAUAUACUAUUAUCCUUUGCCAGAAAUGAAUCAUAUUUACUUUCAGCAAUUCUAGCUGUUGGUGCAUCUAUUUCACACCGUGCAUCUAAUAAGUAUGAGGAUGAAAGAAACUACUGUGCAUACUUAUCACAUUGCUUAAGUUUAUUAGGUGAUCAAUUCCACAAUGAAGCAAACGUUCUAAAUAAAAUUGAACCCAUAAUUCUAACUGUAAUGUUAUUAGCAUGGGAUUGUAUAAAUACUAUGAACUCUCAGUGGAGAUCUCAUUUGAAAGGUGUUACCGACCUUUUUGCCAAAAUUAAUGCUGGUAAUUCCUCUAAAGUACUAAAUGUAGCUAAAUGUUGGUUCAAGGUUAUAGAAACAUUUGCUAGUAUAAGUACAGGUCUAGGUGGUUCUCUAUAUGACGAAGAUUUAGAUGUGAUAUUCAAUCCAUACGAUUAUCAGUAUGUGGAUUCAUUAAAAUUUUUGAACGUUAUGACACCGCUGAAUGAAUUCAAUUUACUUAGAGGUCACAAAGAAGAUUUUGAUCUAGUUAUAAGAGAAGUAUUAAGGGGACUAAACUAUGUAAGAAGAUGUAGACAGAGUUCUAAUGCCACAAGGAAGGAGAAGGAGGCUGCUUCAAAGUCCAUUGAUUUGUUGAAUUUUGGACUAAGUUACUUGAAAUAUUCCGAAUCUUCAAAGGCUAACAAUGAUGAAUCAAACCAACUAAAUUUUUUCAAGACCCAAAAAAUUCUUGUUGAAAUAGACAGACAAUUAGAAUAUGAAUUCAUUAAUAAGACAGGUAUUAUACCGAGAGAAAGUCAAUCUCAUCCAGAAAAUAGUCACAUCGAUGAUAAUGCGAUUGAUAUUGUUAAGUUGAGAAAUGGUGAAACAAUUGCUAUUAGUUGGUAUGAUAUAUCACAUCAAACCCAGGUAUUAUGUUUCCUAUUGAUUGUAUUAUUAAAUUUCUUAGGACUUCCAAAGGAAUCUGUGUUGAUCCAACAAGUUAUUAAAAGACUAAUGUCCUUCUUUAAAUUUUUAGAUAGUGAUAACCCACCUCGUAAUGCAAGAACCUGUUAUUCUAAUUUUGCUGUGUUAUAUGCAGGUUUACAUGCCGUGGAUGAAGAAACUAGAGACAUGGUUAGAAGAUAUUACGAAAUCAAUGGUGAUACCUCGAAGAGAUUAACAGAUUAUAAUUUGCAUAGGUUGGAGAAAGUUUGGUAUGGUAAAGCAAGUAGCGAUAAUUUGGAAAACCAAGAUGUUCUAACAUGGUAA